AUGAACUUCUAUUUCUUUCUUUUCCUAAAAUUAUUCACUAUUUAUUUAUGCUUUUUGACGAAGGCAGUAGAUUCCAGUGAUGAUGAGUAUCGACUUUUGAAAGAUUUACGAGAAGGAUAUGAUCCAAUGGAACGUCCAGUUGCUGAUCAUAUGAAACCAGUCAACGUGAAACUUCGAUUGAUUCUCCAGCAACUAGUGGAUGUUGAUGAGAAGAAUCAAGUAAUAACUCUUGUUGUAUGGACACAAUACACGUGGAGUGACUAUAAAAUGAAAUGGUCUCCAGAUGAAUACGGUAACAUUACAACACUACAAAUACCAUAUGGAACACUGUGGAAACCUGAUAUAUUGCUGUUUAACAGUGCAAAUGAACAUUUUGAUUCAAGUUUUCCUGUGAAUAUGGUGGUUUCGAGUGAUGGAAGUGUUCUAUUUGCGCCACCAGGAAUAAUGCAAUUCUCAUGUUCACUCUCUAUGACCUGGUUCCCAUACGAUGAACAAGUUUGCUAUUUGAAAUUUGGCUCCUGGACAUACGGAAAGAAGCUAGAUCUCCAAAUAGACGAUGCUGAUCUACCCGAUGGACACAAGAUGGAUCUUCAAUAUUAUGUUCCAAACGGAGAGUUCGAUUUGAUUUCAACUCCAGCAUUCCGAAAAUCAACGACUUUUCUAGACGAGACUUAUGUGGAAUUGUACUUUCAUAUGCAUUUGAAACGAAGAACAAUGUAUUAUGGACUCAAUUGGAUUAUCCCUUCGAUUCUGAUCUCUUUGAGUAAUAUUCUUGGAUUCACAAUGCCUGUGGAGUGCGGAGAAAAAGUUACUUUACAAAUUACAAACUUCCUCUCAAUUAUGGUUUUUCUUGCAAUGGUAUCUGAAGUAGCUCCGCCCACUUCUGAAUCUAUUCCAAUUAUUGCUGCAUUCUUCUCAUUUGCUAUCGUUAUUCUGGGUGUUUCUAUCUGUGUUUCUCUGAUUACUGUCAAUAUUUUUUAUCGACAUCCGAAAAUGCAUCGAAUGGGAGACUGGACAAGAUAUAUAUUUCUUGAAUGGCUUCCAUGGAUUCUAUUGAUGAGCCGGCCGGAUCAUGUUUUUCGAAAACCGAAAAGAGAGAAAAAGAAAGAAGAAGACGAGGAAUCAAAUACAGGGAAAGUGGAGAUCAUGGAAUUGCUUUCGGAGCAACAGAAUCAGAAUCCACGUCCACGUCUUCUUGUGAAUAGUCAAAUUGUGAUGGAUUCAACAAUUCCAUUUCUUGAAGAGGUCAUCGGAUAUCUGAAAGUUUUCAAAGCAAAACUAGACGAUGACGAAGAAGAAGAAGAGGAGAUUCUGAAUUGGAGAUUCAUGGCAAUGGUCAUCGAUCGAUUCUCACUAUUUCUAUUCACUGGCCUCAUUUUUGGAACAACUUUUGUCAUUUUCGCAGCAUGUCCCAACUUGUUGUCAGCAGAUCAAAUCAUCGAAACAGCACAUGUCCCUUGA